GGGUCUGGGGGCGAUCGAGGUGAUGCUGAGAGGGAAUACAGACUGGGGCCGGGUGGGCAGCACCGGCUCCUGAGGGAUGCCUGCUUUUAACUCAAAGGGACGGAGAACGGACAGGAUUUUCCUCCCCCCCAUCUGAAAACCAAACGUGCGCUUAGAUUUGAGCCCGCAUUUGUGUCUCAGAGUGGAGGCUGAAGGAUUCACAGAGAGGGAGAGGGGGAGAGAGGAGAAAGCCGUAAUGAAUGUAGCAAAGGGAAGAACAAAGGCUGUUAGAGCUUACAGGGGCGAACACUAAACAUUUGCCUUGGGGAUCCUUUUGCCAGAGCUGUUGCUUCCCAGAGCAGGAAAUCAGCAGCCCCAGAAUCCUUUCCAGCAUGAUUUUUCAGCCCUUGGCCGGGGUUGCUGCUCGGGUAAUCUGCAAUCAAGCUAAACAUGGAGGCAGACACUGAGCGUGCCGUGCUCUGGCGUGCCGUGAGGGUCUGUCCCUCCGCGCCCCGCAGAACAAAGUAGCCUGGCUGACAAGCCCCGGGCGGCUGUGGACGCUGGAUCUGUGCCACGAAUGUUUAUUUUUAGCAAAGAAGGUGUUGAAUUUGCAGGGAUUUUUGUAGGCUGUAAGAUGAGAAGCCCGAAUAGAUGCUGGAGGCCGCCCUGUUCUUGAUUUGCUUACGACCAAAUACAUGACCAUGGGGGAUAUGAAGACCCCGGAUUUUGAUGACCUCCUCGCCGCCUUUGACAUACCAGACAUGGUUGAUCCGAAAGCAGCUAUUGAGUCUGGACACGACGACCAUGAAAGCCACAUAAAACAGAAUGCUCACACAGAUGAAGAUGCUCAUGCUCCAUCGUCAUCUGAUGUUGGCGUGAGUGUCAUCGUGAAAAACGUGCGCACUAUUGACUCCUCUGAGGGUGUGGACAAGGAUGGCCACCAUUCCACAGGCAAUGGCUUGCACAAUGGCUUUCUGACGUCGUCAGCACUCGAUAGUUACAGUAAGGAUGAGGGGAAGUCACUUAAAGAUGAUGGGUCAGUUUCUGAGGCUGCACUGAAGGAUUCAGCCUUCAACCAGUUUAGCCCGAUAUCAAGCGCUGAAGAAUUUGAUGAUGAUGAAAAAAUUGAGGUGGAUGACCCUCCGGACAAAGAGGAGAUGCGGGCAAAUUUCCGAGCCAAUGUCCUGGCAGGAUCUGUAUCCCAGCAGGAAUAUGACAAACUGAAGGUGCUUGGGGGGGAGAGCUUGAUGAAGUCUGGAAUCCCAGUUUCAAGCAGUAUAGAUAAAAAUAAAGUUGCUAAACGAGAGACAGAGACAAACUCCAUGAAUUUAGGUGUCUACGAGCCUUUCAAAGCUCGAAAAACAGAGGACAAAUUGCUAAAGGAUGGUUCUGAAAAGCUUCUUGAAAACAGGGUGCUUGAUGGAAAACUGAGCACUGAGAAAAGUGACACCAGUCUGUCCAGCAUUUCGCAGUCCAAAGCAAAGUCAUCAGCCAAGCUUUCCUCGUGCAUUGCUGCAAUCGCAGCGCUGAGCGCUAAAAAGGCAGCGACAGACCCCGGUAAAGAUCUGCAGCCUCACUCAGGAGAAUCUUCUCCGUUACCGAAAGACCUGAGUGAAAGUCCCCGGGCCAUUGAGAAAUCCCCUGAGUCGCAGAGUCUCAUCGAUGGUGCUAAGAAGCCGUCUCUCAAACCACCUGACAGUCCCCGGAGCGUGUCGAGCGAGAACAGCAGCAAAGGGUCUCCCUCUUCUCCUGCAGGGUCGACACCAGCAAUCCCCAAGGUUCGCAUAAAGACCAUCAAGACUUCCUCUGGGGAGAUCAAGAGAACUGUUACCAGAGUGUUGCCUGAGGUCGAUCUGGACUCCGGUAAAAAGCCGGAGCAGAGCCCUUCUAUGGUGACUUCCAUGUCUCUCCUGUCCUCACCCACCUCUGCUGCUGUUCUUUCCUCUCCUCCCAGAGCUCCUCUUCAGUCCACAGUGGUCACCAACGCAGUCGCCUCAGCAGAACUCGCACCGAAACAGGUCACAAUCAAACCUGUGGCCACAGCCUUUCUCCCCGUGUCAGCAGUUAAAACAGCGGGUUCGCAGGUGAUCAAUCUGAAGCUUGCUAACAACACGACAGUGAAAGCCACCGUGAUAUCUGCUGCCUCAGUGCAGAGUGCCAGCAGCGCCAUUAUCAAAGCCGCCAACGCCAUCCAACAGCAGACCGUCGUGGUGCCAGCGUCGAGCCUCGCCAGUGCCAAACUCGUGCCAAAGACAGUCCAUCUCGCCAACCUUAACCUGCUGCCUCAGGGUGCUCAGACCACCUCCGAACUCCGACAAGUGCUCACCAAACCUCAGCAGCAAAUCAAGCAGGCAAUAAUUUCUGCGGCAGCCUCCCAGCCCUCAAAAAAGGUGUCUCGAGUGCAGGUGGUGUCAUCCCUGCAGAGUUCGGUCGUGGAAGCAUUCAAUAAGGUGCUGAGUAGCGUCAAUCCCGUUCCAGUUUACAUCCCAAACCUUAGCCCCCCUGCCAAUGCCGGAAUAACGUUACCGACACGAGGUUACAAGUGUCUGGAGUGUGGCGACUCAUUUGCACUCGAGAAGAGCCUGACCCAGCACUACGACCGGCGGAGCGUGCGGAUCGAAGUGACAUGUAACCACUGCACAAAGAACUUGGUUUUCUACAAUAAGUGCAGCCUCCUUUCUCACGCUCGCGGACACAAGGAAAAGGGAGUCGUAAUGCAGUGUUCACACCUGAUUCUAAAGCCAGUGCCAGCAGAUCAGAUGAUAGCGUCUCCAUCAGGCACUGCUGCUGCAUCUCUGCUCCCGAGCCCUGGGGCAGCAGGCACACACGCUGGCACAAAGAUCCAGUCCGGCCUUACGGGGACGGUGAUAUCGGCCCCAGCCAGCACUCCUGUGAUUCCAGCCAUGCCACUGGAUGAAGAUCCGUCGAAACUCUGUAGGCAUAGUCUAAAGUGUUUGGAGUGUAACGAAGUGUUCCAGGAUGAGACAUCCCUUGCCACUCAUUUCCAGCAGGCUGCAGACGCAAGUGGACAAAAGACAUGCACUAUCUGCCAGAUGCUGCUUCCUAACCAGUGCAGCUUUGCGUCACACCAGAGAAUCCAUCAGCACAAAUCUCCAUAUACGUGUCCCGAAUGUGGAGCAAUCUGCAGAUCUGUCCACUUCCAGACCCAUGUCACUAAGAACUGCCUGCAUUAUACCCGGAGAGUUGGGUUUCGAAUAGAUGCGGGAAGGUCACACAUUUUCGGCACAGCGGAACACUGCUUUGGCGAGGCUGAACUGACUCUUCUCCGCUCUCUUUGCAGCUGCGUGCACUGCAAUGUCGUUUACUCUGACGUGGCGGCACUCAAGUCUCACAUCCAAGGUUCUCACUGUGAAGUCUUUUACAAGUGUCCUAUCUGUCCCAUGGCAUUUAAGUCUGCGCCCAGCACACACUCCCAUGCCUACACACAACACCCGGGGGUCAAGAUAGGCGAACCAAAAAUAAUAUAUAAAUGCUCUAUGUGUGACACUGUGUUUACUCUGCAACCUUUGCUCUAUCGCCACUUUGAUCAGCACAUUGAAAACCAGAAGGUGUCUGUUUUCAAGUGUCCAGACUGUUCUCUUCUGUAUGCACAGAAACAGCUUAUGAUGGACCAUAUCAAGUCUAUGCAUGGAACGUUGAAAAGUGUUGAGGGGCCACCAAACCUGGGGAUAAACCUACCCCUCAGCACCAAACCCACCACUCAGAACUCAGCCGGGCACAACAAGGAGGACACAAAGUCUGUCAACGGGACAGAGAAGCUGGAGAAGAAAUCGCCUUCUCCCAUAAAGAAGGCAGAGCCUAAAAAGGUAGCUAAUCCUGGCUGGACGUGUUGGGAGUGCGAUAGGCUCUUCACUCAAAGAGACGUUUACAUCUCCCACAUGAGGAAAGAGCAUGGGAAGCAAAUGAAGAAACACCCGUGCCGACAGUGUGACAAAUCCUUCAGCUCCUCCCACAGUUUGUGUCGCCACAAUCGCAUCAAGCACAAAGGCAUCAGGAAGGUUUAUACGUGCUCGCACUGCCCAGACUCAAGACGUACUUUUACCAAGCGGCUGAUGUUGGAGAAACACAUCCAGCUGAUGCAUGGCAUUAAAGACCCUGACGUGAAAGAAAUGGCUGAAUCCACCAACAUGGAAGAAAGGGAAGUGAAAGAAGACACAAAGGUUCCGAGUCCAAAGCGUAAGCUGGAGGAGCCUGUGCUGGAGUUCAGGCCACCGCGUGGGGCAAUCACGCAGCCGCUGAAGAAGCUGAAGAUAAAUGUGUUUAAAGUUCAUAAGUGCGCUGUUUGCGGCUUCACAACGGAAAAUCUCCUCCAGUUCCACGAACACAUUCCGCAGCAUAAAUCCGAUGGCUCUUCUUACCAGUGCCGGGAGUGCGGACUCUGCUACACGUCGCAUGUGUCUCUCUCCAGGCAUCUCUUCAUCGUACAUAAGCUGAAGGAGCCUCAGCCAGUGUCGAAGCAGAAUGGGGCCGGGGAGGACAACCAGCAGGAGAAUAAGCCCAGCCAUGAGGAUGAUUCGUCCGACAGUGCAGCCUCGGACAGGAGGUGCAAAGUGUGCGCCAAGACUUUCGAAACUGAAGCGGCCUUAAACACUCACAUGCGAACACACGGCAUGGCCUUCAUUAAGUCAAAGCGAAUGAGCUCUGCUGAGAAGUGAUCGGAGCAUCUGGGACGCAAAAACCUCUCCACAUUGGAACACUAAGGACACUUUUGCUACAGGAAGCUCAAAGUAUCGCAGUGUUCACAGUACUGUUCAGGCUGUUGCAAUAUAUUCUGCAUAACAGUGUCCCACUCACCUCAUUGUCUGUGCCCUCACACCCGUGGAAGCAGUAUUUGAGUUGAAAAGAGUUUGUACAUAUUUAAACUAAUAACUUUUAUACUCUUUGUUAUGUGUUUGUAUGGGUAUCUAGUGGAAAAGCUGGGUUUUCCUGUUCCCUUUUUUUUUUUUUUUUCUAGUACGUUUCUUUAAAGCAGAGUUUGGAACGGUGAGGUGGUUCCUCCAGUUCUCCGGAACUGCUUCUUAUUUGAACGCUUCCAAAGGAAAGUUCAGUUCAUGGGAGCGCAUCAGAAGGCAGCGGGGAGGGCAGAUUUUAAAUUUCAAGAACUUGUGCUUCUAAAAAUCUAAGGGAGCUUUUAAACUUUCUCUUAAAAAUAUCUGUUUUAAAACAAAAAGGUCCCACUGCGCACGUAACGGGCAGUGGUGGUUUUAGGGGGCAGAUCCAGCAGGGGCGCAGCCCCCAGUAGUAGAAGUACUUCAGUCGCACAACUCGCUGUGUCAUAAAGUGACUUUUUAGGCCAUCAGGUGCUCACGAUCAAAGCUCAAACUGUUAAAAAGGGCUGAGUGCUCUGGAUUUAACAAAUAUGAUGUAAUUAGAGGGGUAGGUUUAUAACGAUAAUGGUUUUGUCAUUGUAAUUUAUUAAACAUUACCUAGAGCGAGUGCACAGCAUUACGUAUCUUCCUUUGUUCCUGGUUGCUGGAAGAGAAGAGCUGACCCUCGCUGCAGGGUUUGGUCCUGCCCAGCUCCAUGCGCUCCUGCCAAACAUCCUGGUGCUCAGCGUCAGCACCGGGCACCGUCAGAAGGCAGCUCAGCCUGUGCCAGUGCCCGGGCACACGUGCCACAUCGGUUCGGAGUCCUCUAACGACACUGGUCACGCUUCCACACAGAACAACCCGGUACGCGCUGUCCCUUUCGGAUAGAGUUCUCUGUGAGAGUUAUAUUUUUUGUUUCUUUUGCAUUUUAUACCUUGUAUGUAUCCCUAAAAAACAGAUUUUGUACUUUUUUUUAAAGCCAGUUGUGUAUAUAUCGAUAGGUGCAUGGUACUCGGUAGUGAUUGUUUGGUUCCUUGAGUCUUGCUGCUGUCGGAUGUUCCUACACACAGUGUCCAUCACAACUGUAUUAAACACAUUUCAUAUGUAAAUAAAUGUGGAGCAUUUUGCCCCUAAAGAUUUG